AUGGAAUCUGGGGAGAGCUUACAUGCAGCUCGGCCCAACAGUAACGCAUGGGGAAGCAGUGGUAGUGCCAGAGUUGCUCCACGGAUUCGUUCGCGGGUUGCCUGUCAGCCUUGCAAUCAGCGCAAAGUUCGUUGCGACGUUGUUCAGACUGGGGGUAAUGCGUGUUCAAACUGCCAGCGCGAUGGCGGAUCUUGUGUUGUUCUUCCGCGCAAGAAGCAUCGGCCACGGAGGAAAAGAGAUUCUCAGUUUACGUCGCAGAAGGCAGCUGGAAAUACGGCUGGGAUCUCAUACAGCAAGGCUGCUUCCGGUGGCCUGGUAGAUCCACAAGUUGGUGCUAUACCAGUUGAAGAUCCUCCAGAAUACCCUUAUGGCGAAACAUUUUCGGCAUCCCUACCGUCGUCAAGAAACAAUGUCAUGGGCGUUGGAGAAGCCCAGGGCCGAUCGGCGACAGACACUAUCUUGCCUGAAGAUGGCCCUUUUACUUACAUCGGCGACAGGAGAGGGCCACGCCACUCUGUGUAUGACCUCUGCCACCCUGAGACUCCUGAAGACGCACGAUAUUUGCCGCCAGACACGGUCAUCUCGUCGUCUCACAAACCGCAUGAGCUAGAGUAUAUGCGCCUUCAGGGUGUCUUCUCUAGGCCUCCGGACGAUGUGUGCGAUGAGUUAAUACGCUGCUACUUCCAUCAUGUUCACUUCUUUCUACCAAUAAUCGAUGCACCCGCGUUUCUAAAUGAGUACUGCAGCAAUGGCUCUCGGAAUAUUAGCCUGCUGCUCUAUUGGAGUAUUCUGCUGGCUGCUGCAAACUUCGUCGAUGCGGAUGUUUUACAAAAAGCAGGGUUCUCUUCUAGAAAGGCAAUGAAGACUGCCAUGUACGAACGUGCCAAGUGUCUCUAUGACUUCGAUCGAGGGACAGAAAAACUGGUGCUCAUUCAGUCCGUCAUCCUAUUGGGAUUCUGGUAUACUGACCCUCAGGAUCAUACUGGCGCCUGGUACUGGAUAGGCAUUGCAAUUUCGCUCUCGCAGAACAUCGGACUCCAUAGGUCUUCGCGUUUGGGUAGCCGUGCACCGCAGAAGUCUUUGCCAGCGCGAGAAUCUCUCAUGCGUCGCAUCUGGUGGGCGUGUGUCGUCAGAGAUCGAUGGGUUUCGUUGGCACGGGGCCGUCCUAUGCGCAUUCAUAGCGAAGACUGCGACACGCCUCUUCCUGUGGUGGAAGACAUCAUGAAUGAAUUAGAGUCUGUUGUUGGCCGGGCGCGAAGCAAUUUUGUGCCGGUGGAAUCCAGGGCCUUGGCCGAGAUGUGGAUUCGGCUUGUGCGCAUUUGCGAUACGUUGGGCCACAUCUUAAGAGUCCAUUAUUGUGUGAAUGGAGGGAUACCCAGUAUUACGGAGAUUGACAGAUAUGCGCAAGAGUUACAGGCCUUGGCCCAAGAAGACGCCGUCCCAGCUGACUCUAGUGAGAGUUUGACCAUCAAUGGGAUUCAAAUUGAUCUAUUGUACCAAGCUACAAUUGCAAUACUCUAUCGACCAUACGUAUUGAAUCGGUCUACUCCUCUCCCAUCUGGAGCGCAUUCACUGUGGCAAAAGAUUGCAACGAGCCGAGCCCGCGAAGCUGCAUCAAAUACCAACGGACUGCUGCAGAGUCUCAUUGAAGUGGAUGGUAUACGAUAUUUGAAGCCAAUGAUGAUUACCGCGAUGAUCCCCGCUAUGCAGAUUCACCUUUUCGACUGCAAGUCCUCAAACGCAUUGACCCGCGGUCUCGCGGAGAACAAGCUCCAACUUCACAUGCUGGUUUUGUCAAACUUGAGAGAAACAUAUUGGAGCGCCGACGUCACGUAUCGACUUUUUGAUCGGGCUCAAAACAUACUCAAGAAGUCGAAUUCCCAACCGCAAUUGCUUCCACCAACCGAGCCACCCUUGCUUCCGACUCCAGACCCUACCGUCUUGGUAGGUGAACAACAAUAUGCAAAUACAUGGUUCAGUGGUUCGCCACAGUUUAGAGACGUUGAUCAGCUAUUGAGUCCAGGGUUUUAUCUUUCUGAGGAUGGCUUCUCAGAGUUCCUUCUUAGCUAUGAAGACGCCGUUGUCUACGAUCCACUUGUCUUGGGAUGA